CCUAUCGACCAAUCAGCUGAUUGGAGGGAACAAAAUAACCUUUUGAUUUUGUUUUCAUUGUAACAUAGGUAGAAUUAGAGUUAAGCUAAUCAUUUAGCAAAAUAUCUGCAGACAUGAGCAAAGCUGCUCCUCCUACCAAGUGGCGCACCUCAGCCAGUGUAAUCCUGGUGUCCAGAGACGCUGCCAAUAGCGAAGAUUACAAGGAAAGUGAAGAGGCCAUUCCCAGAAGUGGAUAAACCAUAAUCCUGACCUUUCAGGUGCUUAUGCUGAAACGCAGCGAUGCCACGGCGAUGGUGGUCAAUCAGACGGUGUUUCCCGGUGGCCUCCUGGACACCGAAGCGGAUGAAAGCGUAGCAUGGCUGCAGUACCUCGAGGAAUUCGGUGUUCCAAAAGAGGCACUACGCCGCCUGGUUCUCACCCGCGACGAUCGUCCUGCCAUUCUGGCGCCUCAGGGCACUGGCUGCUACGAUCGGUUCUUCGAGCGUUCUCGCAUUUGGGCUCGAGAGAUUACACUGCGACUAACCGCCGUGAGGGAAUGCUUUGAGGAGGUCGGUCUGCUACUUUGUCGGAGCCGGAGUCAGCUGAAUUUCGGUGCGGUAACUUGCGCUCAGGAUGUCUUAGACCUGGAAACGUGGCAGCGAAGGGUGCACAACAAGCCCACUGAGUUCUUAACCCUCUGUCGUGAGCAAAAGGUAGUUCCAGACUUGUGGGCGCUGCAUGAGUGGUCUGCUUGGGCGAGUCCGGGAUUCAUGCGCAAAGGGCAUGAAACCGUUUUCUUCAUGGCUUUUGUGGACAAGCAACCCAAAUUACUGGAAGAACCUUCUGAGGUCAAGGAAACGCUGUGGCUGUCACCGUUCGAACUGCUGCGUCUGGGUAAUUUGGGCAAUGUUUGGUUCAUGCCACCACAGGUCUACGAAUUGUCCCGGUUGAUGGGCAUCAAGGAGUACCAACGUCUGUUGGAGUUUGCAAUCAAGCGCAGCGGAUUGGGCACGACCAUGUACUUGCCGGUUGGCUAUAACUGCCAGGGUUCUAUGGUUUUUGUCUUACCUGGCGAUGACUUCUAUGUUCCCGAACCUCACUUGGUGCACGAAAUUAUCAGUUUUCCUGGGUCAGAAGAUGAGUUUAGAGCUCGUUCAAAGCAUCUGCAUCGCUAUACCUAUGGUCCUGCAAUUCGGAGCUUGGAGUUAAAUAUUUCCCCGCCAAAUGGACACCUGAGCCCGCUGAAAAUUCAUCCGGAGCGCCAAAAGCUGUAAUCACAUUCCGUAGCUGGACGGGUGGUGACCCCAGCUGCUAAGCUCUGAUAAGAUGCUAAAUGUUACCCCUGAAAUGGGGCAGCCACAAAUUGGUGUUUUGAAAUUAUUUUAAGCGGCUUUAGCUGGCCAUCAAAUUAUCAAGACGGUGGCUCCGAAGAGCAUUAAUUAUUA